AUGACGAAGAAAUCUUGUGUGAUGUUGAUGAUUCUGCUAAUCAAUUUGACCACGCUUAACGGGAAGAUGAAUCUAGGUGUUGACAUCUCGUCACUGGAAAGUGACUGUACAAGGAGGGCACUGUAUGAGUCACAGGGCAUUUACUUAAAGCCACAAGAACUGACGUUGCCAUCCGGGGACAAGGUAUACUAUAUCCCGUUGAUGAAUAUACUAGAACAUCUUUUGAAGCAUCGUCUCUUUGAAGAAUAUUUUCAAACAAAUUUGCUUCCUAGUUCCGACGGAGUGUUGAGGGACUUUAAGGACGGCUUACGUUUUCAGCGGCACCCUAUUAUUCAGAAGUCCGGGAGUAACGCGAUCACAAUCUUAUUGUAUUGUGACGACAUUGAAGUUGCAAAUCCUCUUGGAAUGAAACAUGGAUUCCGGGGGAAACUGACUAUGUUUUAUGUUACAUUCGUAAACAUUCCGGCAUCAGAGAGAUCUAAACUGAAGAAUAUAUUCCUAUUAGCGGUAGGCCAUGCCAAAGCACUGAAAUCAUGUGAGGCAAAAAGUGCUCCGCUUCAUGAUUUUAUUGCGACGGUUAAUACGUUGGCGAGGGGCUGCGAAAUAGAAACAAGGACGGGACGAAAACUGUUUUAUGGCUGUCUGCUAGCCUUCAUCGGAGACUCUCUGGCUUGCCACAAUAUGGGCGGAUUUAAAGAGUCAUUCAGCCCAAAUGUGCGUCUUGCGUGUCGGACGUGCAAUGUGCCAACAGCGUCCCUGUUCAAGUAUCACUACAAUGCGCAAUGUCCACCUCGUACGGAGGAAGAGCUUAGCCGCCAGUUGAAACAAUUAAGCGAUGCAAAAAACAAGAAAGAACGGAGGCAGUUGUCUACAGAGUUUGGUUUGAGCUCCAGAUCGGUUUUGUCAGAGGUCAGUCAUUUCUCUUUGAUCUCUGACCUUUUGUAUGACCCGAUGCACGUGCUUUUAGAAGGAGUUGUUCCAAAGGAGAUCUUCCUUUUUGUGCAUUUCAUGGUACGAGAAGCGAAGUGGCUCACUCUUGACGAGCUCAAUGUGAGCGUGACUGAGUUCAGCUUUCACAGAUCAAUAAGUAAAAGCGAUAACCCACGAGUGUUCGCCUCUGACCUCAGCAUUGCAACGUCAGCGAGUGGUUCACUUGUGCUGCUCCUGCAUUUGCCCGUGAUUGUUGAAAGGUUUCUUCCUUCUGCCGAAGAACCCCAUGUUAAGUGCUUCUUGAUGCUGUGCAUUUUAACCCAGAUGGUGCUGUCACCCAUCAUUACAGUAGAUACACUGACCCUGUUGGAGUCUCUUAUCGCUCAAUACAACCAGCUUUUCGUAGAUUGCUAUGGCAGCACUGCAUUCAUUCCAAAGCUGCAUAUGAUCGUUCACAUUAUUGAGCAAAUCAAACGCUUUGGGCCCUCCCGCCAUCAUUGGGCUAUCCGGUUUGAGGGUAAAAAUGCACUGCCUAAAGCUAAAAAGUUCAGGAACUUCAAAAACCUGCCGCUUUCUGUGAGCGAGUACCUUCAGCUUAACACUUCGUUCGAACUCUGGGACGCGAACGGAUGUCCAAAGGAGACAUCACCUCCGAUAGCUGCUUCGGGAAAGCCAUUUGUAUUAACGACCGACUUUCUAACUGCCGGAUUGGAUGAUAGUGAUCUUGGAAAAACUGCCCUAGAAGUACAAGCAACCGUAAUUGAUAGUGUCCCUCUCAAAGUGUCGGAUGUGAUGAUGAUUGGCAAACCAUCUGAGCGACCCGCCUUUGUAAAGGUUCUUAGCAUUAUUUUGUGGAAAAGCCAGAUAUUUUUUGCGUGUAGGGUUCAAGUGGCUGCUAGUUUUGUUGCUAAAUUGAAUAUGUUCAUGCUGCAUGAGACUUCACACUGGGUGAUAAUCACGACUGACUCUUUAUUGUACCCGUGGCCCGUGUGGACGUACACUGUGAACAAACAAUACUGUUGCAUACCAAAGUGUUUACAUCGAUUGCCGGAGUUCUCUCAGACUGUUCAGCCACUUCUUCGAGGUAGCCCUAUGAGUGCGAAAGAACACAAGAAAAUGUGCCGGCAGCUCGGAGAUGAACUGUUGUUUUUCUUGGAUGAAAAUAAGCUGGUUACUACCAGGUCAAAAUCUCAGGAACGCUGGGAGUAUAAGUCUUUGGGAGAUGCGCUCGCCACAAAGUUUCCAUCUCUCUCAUGGGAAAAUCCGGACCCAGGAGCGAAGGUCUACCAGAGAAGGAGCCAAAUCUACGCAGGUUUAUUGUAA